UACAAACAACAAAAAAAGUGAAACGAACUUUAUUAAGAUUCAUAACUUGUUUACACUUUGUACAUGAUUCAUCGACCUUACAACACUUUUCUGAUGACGAUGAUGAUAACCAAAGAAAGAUUUUCUGUGUUAGCAUCGAACAUCAAUCAUAA